AUGUGUGAUCGAAUUUUGACUCGGGUGGAUGCGAUCUACAAGAAGUAUGACAAAUACGACAUUGAAAAGCAGAAGGAUUCCAACAUCGCCGGCGAUGACGCAUUUGCCCGCCUUUACGCCGCCUUAGAGUUCGACAUCGAGGCUGCUCUUCAGAAGAGUAGGACGUCAGCUUUGGUGAUCAAUGCGGAGAUUCGGAGAAAGAAGGCCCGGUUGUUGGACGAGGUCCCUAAAUUGCAGAGAUUAGCUGUCAAGAAGAAGGAGUUAUCUGUCUCUCAGUUGAUGACUGGAUUGAUAGAAACUGUGAUUAUUUUGCAGACCUUACUCCCGAGCUUAGGAACACUUCUCUCCAGCUUCUGGGCACUUGCUAUCCAGUUGUAUUUCCAAGUGUUAAUGACCAACAAUCAGAAUCCUUUGACCAUGUCUGAAUUGUUCCAUCCUCUAGAAAAAUAG